CGAACGAUCAUUCUGUUACUUUCAUUGUGUUAGCUUCUACUGAAAAUGGCCGCUGUUCUGUCGUUGAAUCCUAAAGCUGAAAUUGCUCGGCAAGCGCAAGCUCUUGCAGUGAAUACGAGUGCUGCUAGAGGCUUACAGGAUGUAUUAAAGACAAAUUUGGGACCAAAAGGCACGAUGAAAAUGUUAGUGUCUGGGGCUGGUGACAUAAAGAUAACCAAGGAUGGAAAUGUGCUUCUUCAUGAAAUGCAAAUACAACAUCCAACUGCUUCUUUAAUUGCACGUGCCUCUACAGCUCAAAAUGAUGAAGUAGGAGAUGGAACAACAUCAACUGUAUUAUUAAUUGGAGAACUUCUGAAGGUUGCAGAUUUGUACAUUUCAGAGGGUCUUCAUCCCCGAAUCUUAACAGAAGGCUUUGAAUUAGCCAGAGACAAAGCACUUGAAGUAUUAGAAGAAGUUAAAAUUGCUGGUGAAAUGGACAGAGAUAAAUUAAUUACUGUUGCUAAUACUUCUCUUAGAACAAAAGUCAAUGCUAAGCUUGCUGAUUGCUUAACAGAAAUAUGUGUGGAUGCAGUGUUAGCGAUUAUGAGACCCGGUGUACCAAUUGAUUUACAUAUGAUUGAAAUCAUGGAAAUGAAACAUAAAACUGAGUUGGAUACAACCCUGAUUCGUGGUUUAGUUUUAGACCAUGGUGCACGUCAUCCUGACAUGAAAAAAAAGGUGGAAGAUGCUUAUAUUCUGACCUGCAAUGUAUCUCUUGAAUAUGAAAAAAGUGAAGUAAAUGCUGGAUUUUUCUACAAAUCAGCAGAUGAGCGGGAAAAGCUUGUUCAUGCAGAGCGAGCCUUUAUCACUGAAAGAGUUAAAAAAAUAAUUGAACUGAAGAAAAAAGUCUGCGAUGGAACAAAGAAAGGAUUUGUUGUGAUCAAUCAAAAGGUAUACUCUUACACUGGUGUGCAAAACUUAAGCAACAAUGUAAAUUUUAAUCUGUUAGCCAUGAAAUUGUAGAAAAGGGGUUCUUGC